AGGACUCAGAAUAACCUUUGUUAUUCGAAGCCAGGCCUUGCGAAGUUUCGACCCUCUCUUUCAGACUUUCAGUCGCCUCUCCGUCGCCCUCCUUCUGCGUAUCACCCCUAGGAUUUGUUCCGAUUCUCCGAAUCAAACCAGGAUUCAUCGACUGUAUUUUUUUGUAUAUCCUUCUCUUCCUCUACUGCUCUGUUCCCAGAUUUCCCGUCCCCCUCGCAUCACCUAUAUAAUGAUUAAAAUUUCUUCGCCCUGCGUGACCUCCAUCGUUGUCCUUCAGAAUCUUCGCGUAUUGGGUCCUGGUUUGAAUCCUAUCACACCUUACUGCAUCGCCAAUCAUUCCUUCCUCUCCGCCUCUCGCUAAGUCUGCUCUCCCCACCUACUUUUCUUGUUUUUGCAACUAAGUUUUCCCAAAAAGCGUAUGGAAUUUGCUGUCUUCUCGGUCUUGAGGAUAUUACCGAACUGAAAAUUGCAAAAAAUUGAUCUGGGAGUUUCUUGAUCGCGGGCCUUGUACUGUUUGAAAAUCUUACGAUUGUUCCCAUAUAUACGUACAUAUUGGCUUUGAGGAGAUUACUUUGGUGCUUUUUUCCUGGGAAGUAUGCCACAGGAGCAGGUGGGUUCUGCUCGUCGGAGCUUUUCGAGGAGGAGGUCGUUGAGAUCUGGUGUAAAUAGGGAUGAUAGAGGAUGGACUCUGCUCCAUAUUGGUGCUCGUAAAGGUGAUGUCAAGGAGGUGAAACGACUUCUUGAUGAAGGGAUGGAUGCGAAUUUGGCUGCCUGGGGCUCCAAAUCAAAAGGAGUGACCCCCCUCCACCUUGCUGCCGAGGGUGGUCACCUUGAGGUUAUGGAUGAAUUGCUAGAACGUGGUGCUAACAUUGAUGCUAGAACUUUGGGUGCUUGUGGUUGGACACCACUUCACAAUGCAGCUAAAGAAAGGAGGAAGGAAGCAGUGAAAUUCCUGAUAGAGAAUGGUGCAUUCUUGGCCGCUGACAUCAAUGACGGCAGAUUUAAUCCACCCCUCCAUUACUGCACUGGUCUUGAGUGGGCUUAUGAUGAGAUGGUGCGCUUUAGGCAAGAGAACUCAUCAGCUGGUGAGACUUCCUCCAGCUCAGAGAGCUGAAAAUGCCCUCAUUGCCAUGGCCUCGUACUGUUACUUUUGUUUUGACUUGGUGUUUAUCGCAUUUACUUGAAAUUCCUGCUUUGUGUUAGGUUUGCCCCUGGUGUUAACGUGCUUUAUUUGUUGGUUGCCAACUUUUGACGUUUGAAAUGUUAUGAUGCUCACUACACAGACUUCCUUGAAUGUAAAAUAAGUUGUAAUGUGUGAUUGGUUAUGUCACUUUUUUUUAACAUAAAAUAACUGCUUUGGAUAA